AUCCUCCCCCUCCACUCCCACCUCCUCCUCCUCGGCCUCUCCGCCGACAUCCGCCUCCUCACCACCCUCAUCGACGCAUACGCCAAAUCCUCCCGCACCGACCUCGCUUUCCUCGCAUUCCACGAAAUGCCCCUCCGCGACAUCGCCACCUGGAACACCCUCCUCCUCUCCCUCCUCCCCCACCACUCCCUCUCCCUCUUCCGCCUCCUCCGACACCACCCCCCUUCCCAGCGCGAAACCCCCGACGCCAUCACCAUCAUCGCCGCCCUCUCCGCCUCCUCCCAACUCGGCUCCCUCGCCGACGGCUCCUCCGUCCACUCGUACGCCGAAUCCCUCGGCCUCCACGACGACGUUCGCGUCCGCAACGCGCUCAUCGACAUGUACGCCAAAUGCGGCGACAUCUCCCGCGCCCUCUCCCUCUUCCGCUCCCUCGAUUCCAAAACCCUAGUCUCCUGGAAUGCCGCCAUCAUGACCCUCGCCCUCCACGGCCGCGGCCGAGACGCCCUCCAACUAUUCGACGAAAUGCUCAGCUCCAGCCCAAUCCAACCCGAUGCCAUAACCUACCUCGCCGUCCUCUGCGGCUGCAACCACGCCGGUCUUGUCGACGACGGCCUCCGCAUAUUCCAUUCCAUGACGAUUCCCCGCACCGUCAAGCACUACGGCACCGUCGUCGAUCUUUUGGGCCGUGCCGGCCGGCUCCGUGAAGCCUACGGUGUUGUCACCACCAUGCCCUCCUCGCCGGACGCCGUCAUGUACCAAACUCUGCUCGGCGCCUGCAAGACCUAUGGGGACGAGGACAUGGCCGAGCUGGUUUCAGAAAAGCUCAGGGAUAUGGGUUCCAAUGGCUGCGGAGACUUCGUGCUGCUGUCCAAUGUAUACGCGGCGAAGGCGCGAUGGGAAGACGUGGGUCGGGUGAGGGACGCCAUGAGAGAAGGUGAGGUGAGCAAAGUUCCGGGCUUUAGUUACAUGGAAGUCGGUGGUUUUGUUCACAGAUUUAUCAAUGGCGACAAGGAACACGAGACAUUGAGUGAGAUUCAUAAGAAAUUGGAGGAGAUUGGGUGGAGGAUCAGACGGCUGGGAUACGUUCCUGAUAUAAGCAAUGUUUUGCAUGAUAUUAGUGAGGAGGAGAAGGAAAUGGCUUUGUGUUACCAUAGUGAGAAAUUGGCUAUUGCUUUUGGGUUGAUUAGCAUGAGUAAAGGAAGUACUAUAAGGGUCAAUAAGAACUUGAGGAUUUGUGGGGAUUGUCAUAACAUGGCUAAACUCGUGUCGAGAGAAUACGAUCGGGUGAUAGUCGUUCGCGAUCGGGCGCGGUUUCACCAUUUUGAGGGCGGUGAUUGCUCGUGCCGAGAUUAUUGGUGAAUUUGAAUGGUGACAUUGGGAAUGAGAGGUGGAACAGAAAUUGUAUUGGGAUGAAUAUGAUAGAUGUUGGAUUUGCUUUGAGAUUAGUGUAAUAUAUGU